AUGUCGCUUUAUGUAAUUAUUUACCUGUGACCGCCAGGUGUGUCAAUGGCGGAGGUGAUCUCAUUCAUGACCGUUUCCGAUGUUUGAAAAUUGUUUAUAUAAUUUCAGUUCUGUGAUUUAAUUUGUUUGUUAGUUAAGACAGCUGUUACUGAUUUAUGAUAUUAUUUUGAUUCGGACUUCUUAUUCAGAAUACCUGUUGGUAAAUCAAAGGAGCAUACUUAGAGAAAUUCAAAAAAAAACAUAUCAACUUCCGUAUUUUUCAAAUCAAAACCAUGACAUGAUGUGUAACUUUUCACCGGGAUUUUAAUACUUGGCGGAACAACGAAUUUAUUUUAUAUUAGGAAUUAACGUUUUAUAUAAUGGAAAUAUACGAGUUUUUUGUUGUUUUAUUUUAUGACCAUUUGUGAGUGAUUUUGUGAUCUGUGGAAUGACACACGUAACUCAUUGUUUACCUCUCGCUGUGUGAACUAUAUUGAAUUAACCGUUAUUACCUGAGGAUUACCUUAACAAAGGUCACUAAUUAAUAUCAAACUAUAAUGAAGACAAUGUGUAACACUUAUUUAUACCUGUUGUAUUUAUUUAUAUCAUCGGUUACCUGUUAUGAUGUAACAAACAGUAUAGAUUUUGAAGGGAAUGGUUGUAAUACCCAGUUAAUGGUAGGAGAUAAUACUAUUGCUGAAGUUAUUGCCACACCACAAGCUGGUGUCUUACCCGAUUCAUCAAAAUGUGAAGCAAAAUUUCAAGCCAUACCAGCUGAUAGAAAACUAAAGAUAUACAUGAAGGAUUUUUUCAUGGGCCCAGGAGCUUGUGGACAUAAACUAAAGAUAUAUGAUGGUGUCGAAUUCGUCAGUCAAGACCCAAAGUGGGAGUUUAGUUGUAACACAGAAAUUCAAGAUGUAUACACUUCAUCAACAAAUCAGGUCAUCAUAGCAUUUACCAAGCCAUCAGUAGAUACGUCUCAACUUUACAGAUUCAAAAUCCAUCUGACUACAGACAGAGAGGAACCACACUUAUUCUUUGAAGCUUUAAAUAAACCAGACAUAGCCUUAAAUUUACCAGACAUCAUCCUACAACACAGGAAGCGCCGAGAAACUGUCAAUCAACCCAGCUAUACUGCCCCGUUAGGAAGUGCCGGAGAUGCCGGGGAUGGAGGGAUAACCUCGGGUGCUAUAGCUGGGAUAGCCGUCGGCGCUGUUGUAGGUGUGGUAAUUAUAAUAGCUAUAUGUAUAUACCUUCUAUGGAAGUUUAUGCGACAAGCUGAGGAGAAAAAACGAUAUGUUGCCGAGCCACCGCCUGCUAUAUCUGUUAUAUCUGCUCCGCCUUUAUCGAAUUGCGGCAUUGCUCCAGGGAGUAGUAGAAGAUCUUUUCGUUCACAGUCACAUGUUGCCUUUUCUACAGUUUCUAAGAAAAGUGACCCGGGUGAUAGCAUUUCAAAAUCUCGAUCACAAAAAAGUUUUGACAAUCAUGGAUUUUCACAAGAUGGGACAAGCGUUUCAUCCAGUCUCACUCGUACUGAAAAUUCAAAAGAUAAUGAAGGUGCCGGUAACACAAAUUACAAAAGCGAAUACAAAGAAGAUCUGAAGAUGAAUCAUAACCUUAGAAGAAGCACUGGAAAAGAUAAGAAGGAAGAAAAGAUAAACUAUCCGGACGUUGUUGAUUCGGCUAGAAAAAGUGAAAAAAAUAGACCAACUAAAAACUAUGACGAGGACGAUUUUAGAAAUACAAAAAGUCGUAGUGAUUCGGUAAGAAGAUCCGAAAAAGAAAAAUCGAGACACAGAAGUGAUUCAAUGAAGAGAGGUGACUUUAGGGAACGGUCUGAAUCGGCAGGGAGAGAUAAAGAACGAGGUAUUUCUAGACUACACAAACAUCGAAACGAUAACGACUAUAGUUCGGAUGAAAGAGACCGUGAAAGAUAUAAUGAACGCGAUCAAAGACCACAAAAGCAUGAGAGAAAUCAAACUGAUAGACACCAAAAGUAUCGCCAGAGUGACAAACAUAAAACAGAAAGUGUUAACACUGAUGACAGUGGUACUACUUAUAUUUCAUCUGUGUCAGAUCGUUAUCACGAAAGAAACAAUCGACGAACUGAUAAACAGGAAAAUCGUCGAUACCCAAACGAUCGAAAAUAUCGCGAUGAUCGACAAAACGAACAUCGACAUUGUGACGAACGAUAUGAUGAUCGUAGAUACGGUGAUGACCGUAAUUAUCGGGAUCGAUACUCAGAAAAAUCAUCUAGUCAAAGACAAGGUCGUUCAGAUAUGCAAAGCAGAAAAAAUCAUGACCUUGAAGAACGGGAGUUUGAGAGAAGACGUUCUCGGCGCGAGGAAUCUGGUAGGCAGCGAAGUCAUUCUUCAUCUCAUCAGGGAAAAUAUUCUGAUCAUGAUAGAUACAGGGAUAGAGACCAGAGAAGUCAUUUUGAAGACGAACGGAACUCGGGGUUAAGACGACGAGAAAGUUCAAGGUCACAAAGUGGUCGACAUAGGAGUAGAUCAUCAUAUAGAUAGUCUCAUUUUAUUUAGGUCUUGACUUUUUUAAUAUAUUUGAUUUUUUGUCGAGCCUGCGACAUUUGUCGCAGAAAGCUCGAUAUAGGGAUAGUGAUCCGGCAGCGGCGGCGGUGUUAGCUCACUUCUUAAUAGCUUUAUAUUUUAGAAGCGGGAGACCUGGAUGAUUCAUACUUUGUAUAUGGAUGCCUCAUGUUACGAAGUUUCCGUCAGUCACAUGUCCAAUGUCCUUGACCUCAUAUUCAUGGUUCAUUGAUAACUUGAAAAAAAGUUAAGAUUUUUUGUAAUGUUAAAUUCUCUCUUAUUAUAAGUAAUAGGAUAACUAUAUUUGGUAUGUGCAUACCAUGCAAUGCCCUCUUGCCCGUCAGACAGUUUUCACUUGACCUCGACCUCAUUUCAUGGAUCAGUGAACAAGGUUAAGUUUUGGUGGUCAAGUCCAUAUCUCAGAUACUAUAAGCAAUAGGUCUAGUAUAUUCGGUGUAUGGAAGCACUGUAAGGUGUACAUGUCCAACUUGCAGGUGUCAUCUGACCUUGACCUUAUUUUCAUGGUUCAGUGGUUAUAGUUAAGUUUUUGUGUUUUGGUCCGUUUUUCUUAUACUGUUUGCAAUGGGUCUUCUAUAUUUUGUGUAUGGAAUGGUUGUAAGGUGUACAGGUCUACCUGGCAGGUGUCAUAUGACCUUGACCUCAUUUUCAUGGUUCAGUGGUCAAAGUUAAGUUUUUGAGUUUUGGCCUUUUUUUCUAAUACUAUAUGCAAUAGGUCAACUGUAUUUGGUGUAUGGAAAUAUUUCAUGAUCUACAUGUCAGUCGCGCAGGUUUCAUUUGACCUUGACCUAAUUUUUUACGGUUUAUUGCUCAGUGUUAAGCUUUUGUGUUUUGGUCUGUUUUUCUUAAACUAUAAGCAAUAAGUCAAUUUUAUUUGUUAUGUAUGGAAGAAUUGAUAGCUGUACAUGCCUACCUGGCAUGGUUAAUCUGAUCUUGACCUCAUUUUCAUGGUUCAAAGGUCAAUGUUUAGUUUUCUUGGUUUAUGUUAAGUUUAUGUGACAGUUGUAAUAAAGCUUUAUUAUUUGGACUAUCAACAUAAUAUCAAUGAUUAGUAAAGAAGGCGAGAUAUUUCAGUGUGUGCACUCUUGUUUACAACCAAUCAAAUUCCAGCAAUACAACUUUUUAAAUUUCAUUACAUUUUAUCUGCCUCUCAAUAAAGGUUUGUCAGAUUCUUCUUUACCACUUUAAUGGGAAGUAAUUCUUUUCUCUAUAUAAUGUAGGUUUAUUUUAUAUACAUAUAUAUUCGAGAUGAAAUGAUUCACUUCGAGUUCGUAAAAUAUGACACAUAUAAGUACGAGUAAAAUUUCUUGACUUCCCUUUAUAAUGAUAUUUCUGAAAUUAUAUUUUCUUCCUCGAUUUAUUGCCUGUUUAAGUACUCAAAUGUGUUCCAAUAUCGUUUGGUUCAACUUUAAAAGAUGAAUAGCAACACAUCGUAAAGUUUAAAGUUUAGACAAAGGUUGUUAUUUAUAAAUAGUAAAACUAUUUUAAUAUGUACAUACAUCAUAAAUCAUCAUUGUGCUUUUUGUAUAUCCAAUGUAAAAAUAAUAUUGUU